CAUCUAUAGAUUAGGCUGGCCUUGAACUCAAGAGAUCCACUUACCUCUGCCUCCUAAGUGCUGAGAUUAAAGGCAUGUUGCGAUGGCGCCUGGCUUCAUGCUUAUUGUCUUAAUGAGAUUAUUUGAGAACGCUAAGUCACUGCCCAGAAUAAGAAGCACAGGUUUGUGGGUGAGAAUUAAGUUGACGAGGUGUUUAUACGGCCUAACUUUUAAGAGUAGUAUACUUAUUACCUUUAUUUGUGUUUGUGUGGGGGCUCACACAUGCCAUGGUGUGCCUGUGGAGGUCAGAGGACAACCGUCAAGGCCUUAGAUAGGAAACUGCAGGUUUCAACACCUCGAAUUGGCAAAGUGUUCAAUGCUCCAGCCUUGCCUAAAGCCAGCAGAAAGGCUUUGGGCACUGUCAACAGAGUUACUGAAAAGCCAGUGAAGACUAGUAAACCCCUCCAACCCAAACAGCCAACUGUGACUGUAACAAAGAUCACCGAGAAGUCUACUAAGACACAAGGCGGUGUUCCUGCUCCUGAUGAUGCCUACCCAGAAAUAGAAAAGUUCUUCCCCUUCAAUCCUCUAGAUUUUGAGAGUUUUGACGUGCCUGAGGAGCACCAGAUCUCACUUCUCCCCUUGAAUGGAGUGCCUCUCAUGAUCCUGAAUGAAGAGAGAGGGCUUGAGCAGCUGCUGCACCUGGACCCCCCUACCCCUCUGAAGACACCCUUUCUACCAUGGGAGUCUGAUCUGCCACAGUCUCCUUCCAGCGCCUUCUCCAGUCUGGAUGUUGAAUUGCCGCCCGUUUGUUCCGAUGCAGAUAUUUAAGCCUCUUUACUCCUUUAUAGUUUAUAUAUGUUGUAUUAAUAAAGUAUUUGUGCGUAUGCUCAGAAUGUGAAUACUUAC